AUGGCGGGGCCCCCGGCCCUACCCCCGCCGGAGACGGCGGCGGCCGCCACCACGGCGGCCGCCGCCUCGUCGUCCGCCGCUUCCCCGCACUACCAAGAGUGGAUUCUGGACACCAUCGACUCGCUGCGCUCGCGCAAGGCGCGGCCGGACCUGGAGCGCAUCUGCCGGAUGGUGCGGCGGCGGCACGGCCCGGAGCCGGAGCGCACGCGCGCGGAGCUCGAGAAACUGAUCCAGCAGCGCGCCGUGCUCCGGGUCAGCUACAAGGGGAGCAUCUCGUACCGCAACGCGGCGCGCGUCCAGCCGCCCCGCCGCGGAGCCACCCCACCGCUGGCGGCGGGGGGGGGGCGUCCGGGCCUGUCUGGGGGGGGUGGCGGGCGCGUGAGCCUGCGGGUGGUAGUGCGCUACCUCGGGGGCAGUGGCGGCGCCAGCGGCCGCCUCACCCGCGGCCGCGUGCAGGGGCUGCUGGAAGAGGAAGCGGCGCGAGGCCGUCUGGAGCGCACCCGCCUGGGAGCGCUCGCGCUACCCCGCGGAGACAGGCCGGGACGAGCGCCGCCGGCCGCUAGCGCACGCGCGGCGCGGAGCAAGAGAGGUGGAGAAGAACGGGUGUUUGAGAAAGAAGAGGAAGAUGACGAUGAAGACGAGGAGGAGGAGGAGGACAAUGUAUCUGAGGGCUCAGAAGUGCCCGAGAGUGACCGCCCCGCAGGUGCUCAGCACCAGCAGAUUAAUGGAGAGCGGGGCCCUCCGAAUGCUAAGGAGAGGGUCAAGGAGUGGUCGCCCUGUGGACCCUACCAGGGCCAGGAUGAAGGGCGGGGACCAGCACCUGGCAGCUGCACACGCCAGGUGUUCUCGAUGACAGCUACGAAUAAAGAAGGGGGAUCAGCUUGUGUUGCAGCUGCUCCGGAUUCUCCAUCUCCUGUGCCUUUGCCUCCAGGAAAACCAGCCCUACCUGGGACUGAUGGGACACCUUUUGGCUGUCCUUCUGGGCGCAAGGAGAAGCCAACGGACCCGGUGGAGUGGACAGUCAUGGAUGUGGUGGAAUACUUCACCGAGGCAGGCUUCCCAGAGCAGGCUACUGCUUUUCAAGAGCAGGAAAUUGAUGGCAAGUCUUUGUUGCUCAUGCAGCGGACAGAUGUGCUCACUGGUCUGUCCAUCCGCCUGGGCCCAGCCCUGAAAAUCUACGAGCACCAUAUCAAGGUGCUUCAGCAAGGCCACUUUGAGGAGGACGAUCCUGAUGGCCUUCUAGGCUGAGCACCCGGCCUUGUCCCCACCCCAGCCAGUCCAGAGUUCACCCGUGGUGGCCCCAUAGUCCAGAAGCUGGACAUGGGUACACUCGACCUUCCUAACAGACUCCAGUGAGGGGAUGCCCUUCUCCAUUCCCCUUCUCUCACACCCCUGACCUUAGUUCACCCCUCUCCACAGCAGUGGAGUGUGGGGUAGGAGGACUUGGUUGGCUCAUUUACCAGGGGUCACCCUUUCUCCCCAAACCAGGACAUUUUUGAAAAACAAAACAACAGGGGAGCUUCCUGUGGCCCCAAACCCCUCUUCAGUUCAGCCAGAUGUAUCUUAUAUGUGUUUUGUUCUGCCUAUUCAUCCUGGUGGUGGUUUUUCCUCGUCCCACCACCUCCAUGGCCUCCCCUUUGACCCCCAGCCUCUGGGGAACAGGUGAGGUAAGGGACCUUGGGUCCUCUUUUCCUUCCCUUUCUGUCUGUCUACUGUUGUUCCACCUGGCUGUAUUGCUUUUUAAUAUUGCACCGAAGGUUUUUUAAAUAAAACU